AGACGUGUAUUCUCAGACUGUGUAUUGGUUUGGUGAGCCGUUGGUGAGGAAGUGUCGGGUAUCGACAUGAUGUUACGUGCUGACUCCGCCCCCUUGUACCUGUACAACAGGAAUUCAGCAGGUGCGAGCAUGCUCAGCUAGAGCCAUUCCUUCUCAUGCUCGGCUGAGCUGACAAACAACAGCCGAGUGCUGGACCUUCAAAAAGAAAAAGCAGACAUGGAAGACAUGACGAUUUGGGAGCAGCAGACGGUCACGUUAUCGAAAGAUUCCAAGGUCGGCUUUGGUUUUGCGGUCUCAGGUGGGCUUGACAAGCCAGUUAAUGGGGACACAGCAGUGGUGGUCUCUGACGUGCUUCCCACUGGCCCUGCCAUGGGUCGUCUUCAGACACGGGAUCAGAUAGUUAUGGUGAAUGGUGUUUUGAUGGAGAACGUCACCUCACUUUACACUAUUCAAAAUCUGAGGAACUGCGGGAAAACGGCAAACAUUACUGUGAAGAGGCCACGCACAAUUCAGAUCCCUGCGAGCAACAGACCUACUCGUUCUGCCUCACAAUCCAACAUACUAGACGACGAUAUGCCACAGAGGAGGGGUCAGCGCAACACCGACACCAGCCGUAACCGACGAGCUCGAAGCGUGACGCCUGACCGCAACGGUCACGACCUUCCCAUCAUGUCCGGCUUCAAGAGACUUCCCAAUCAGGAUGUGCAAAACAAACCCAUCAGAACAACCCUGAUCAAGAAAAAACCCACAGACGAGUACGGAAUGAAGUUGGGGAGCCAAAUUUUCAUCAAACACAUGACUCCCACCGGUCUGGCUGCCAAAGAGGGCAGCCUUCAAGAAGGAGACCUUGUUUUGAAGAUUAACGGCAUGACGACAGAAAAUCUGUCCUUGCUGGAGACCAAGCACCUGGUGGAGAAGUCUAGAGGUAAAUUGACCAUGUUGGUGUUGAGGGAUGACAGAAAGUUCCUCGUCAGCAUUCCUGAAGUGGAGGACAGUCCUCAAAACAGUACCGACGAGAGGCGGCAAGACAGUAGCUCAGAGCUGGAGGAAAUCUCAGACCUGGAUUCUGACCUCCCCACAAACCGAACAUCCCGUCCAAGAGACCGUCGUUCUCGCAGAAAUCGUGCCAAUCCUGUGUCAAAACCACGAGAAUCGCCACCUUUGCGCUCUACACUCACAAAACCGCCCGCUCAAUCAAUGCCCCCUCGCAGAGUUCCCUCAGAGUCUGAAUCGGACCGCAGCAACUCGCCUCCAGCGUCAAGACAUGGCACUCUUGACAACAGAGACCGAUACAAGGUUCUCUCCGGGAUCUCUGCGUUGCCAAACCCUCGAGCCUCACCCGUCACCCAGAACUGGAACUCCUCCACUGCCUCUCAGUCUCGCAGAGCCGUUUCUGAGUCCGAUUCAGACCGAAGCGCCUCUCCACCCCCAAGGCGUGAGAGUCCCAAACCUGAAAAUCACUCCAGAUACAAGGUGCUCCCCGAUCUUCCUCCUCCGGGUAUGAACUCCUCCUCUCAUAGCAUGUCUCAGGAUUUCCCUCGCCGCAUAGCGUCUCCUUACAGGCCUCCACCCAGAGCUGCAUCAGAGUCCGAAUCGGACGAUAGUACCAGACCUCAGCGCAGCCAGGAGUCGCGCAAUAGAUACAGGGCGACACCUGAGGUCAUGUCAGUCCCUGUAAUGGAGCCCCCAAAAUGGGCGAAACCCUCAACACCUGUACAGAGAGCUCCCUCAGAAUCUGAAUCAGAUGUGAGUUACAACUCUCCUCCGAGAACACAGUCUCCAGUCAGCAAAAACUCCAGAAGCAGACCAAGAGCUGAAAUGCAGGCGCCGGUCAUCAGCAGCCGACAGGAUUCUUCAUUCAGAGCCGCUCCUGCCAGACCUCCACCUGAAUGUCUGAAUAAUGCACUUGUUGCCUUUGUGUUCCUGAAUAUUUCUGCAUCUGUGCAUCUUUGUAAUAUUGUUGUUUUGGUUCGCCCACCAGAUUCCUCUGAGUCAGAAAGAGCCCCAUCGCCUGUCAGGAGAUCUGAGAGUCCCAGCCACAGCAGUGAUCACAGUUUCCCACGUGCUAACGGCACUCUCCGCUCUAACGUGUCUAUUCCCAACCACACCAUGUUGAGCUCGAAAACUUUAGAGGAGCCACUUUAUUCACUUCCUCCAGAUGCAGUGCCAACACCAAACCUGGGGUACAGCUCAGAUCAGAACCACGUCAGCUUUGUGAAGGAGGGCAAUGUUGGGUUGAGGUUGGUGGGAGGAAAUGAUGUUGGCAUCUUUGUUGGUGGUGUCCAGCCCAACAGUCCAGCCCAGAGACAAGGCAUGCAAGAGGGUGAUCAGAUACUGGAGGUGAAUGGUGUGGACUUCAGUCACUUCACCAGAGAGGAAGCAGCUAUGUAUCUCAUGAACAUCCACGCUGGCGACCGCAUCGAUAUCCGGACUCAGAACAAAAUGGACAUCUACAAGAAGAUUUUGAAGUCCAGCCUUGGUGACUCUUUCUACAUCCGUACACACUUUGACCACGUGGCUGAGAGCAGUAUUGGCUUGAGCUUCACCAGAGGCGAGGUGUUCAGAGUGGUGGACACUAUGCACCGCGGGAAGCUGGGAACCUGGCUAGCUGUGCGCAUGGGCAAUGAUCUACAUGAGCUGGACAAAGGCACCGUUCCUAACCAGACCAGGGCUGAAACUUUGGCAAAUUUAGAGCAGGCACAGAGAAUUAGUGCAGCUGAACGCCAGGCCUCUGGCCCCAGAGCCGAAUUCUGGAAGUUACGGGGUCUCAGAGGGGCUAAAAAGAAUGUCAGAAGAACCCGCGAUGACCUCCUACAGUUGACGAUUCAAGGCAAAUUUCCAGCAUAUGAGAAAGUCGUUCUGAGAGAGGCCAAUUUCAAACGGCCUAUCGUCAUUUUGGGUCCUCUGAAUGACAUUGCAAAUGAGAAGCUGGCCCGGGAGUUGCCAGAUGAAUUUGAAGUUGCAGAAAUGGUACCCAGAAAUGGAAGUGAAAGUUCAUCCAGUGUCAUCAAACUGGACACAGUGAGGCGAAUAGCAGAGCAGGAAAAGCAUCCCUUGCUGGACAUUACACCCACUGCAGUAGAAAGAUUGAAUUAUAUCCAGUACCAUCCCAUGGUGCUCUUCUUGGAUCCUCAUAGUCGAAAAGACUUGAAGUCAAUGAGGCAAAAAUACAUGCCAGGCUCCAACAAGAGCUCUCGUCGCCUAUAUGCUCAGGCCUUAAAGCUGAGGAAACACUAUAGUCAUCUAUUUUCCGCACGUAUUGAUCUUCAGCCUAAUACAAACAUGUGGUAUGAUGUUUUGAAAGACAAGAUUCGGCAGCAGCAAUCUAAACCGGUCUGGGUUUCUGAAGUUGCGUUGGAGGGAGGCGGCGAUGAAGACCUUGACGCUUUCAACCGUGAAAAUAACUCUGACUACCUCAGUGGUGCCAGCGACUAUGAGGACACUGACGGUGAGGCCAUUACGGAUGGUGAAGCCUACACAGACAACGAGGACCUGGAAGAGCCCUCUGUAGGCAUCGCCAGAAACCGCAGCACUGCACUGGCCCGCUCUUCAGAGCCCGCCACUGGGCAAACUCAUAGUCCAGAACCUUACUAUGACCCAGAGCCAUACCUGGAGGAAGAGCCCAAGUACACCCUACCUCCCGGGGAAAUACCUCCCAUCCUCCAUGUUCCACAGCCCCGAUCUUCACACCUUGUCCCUGCCAGUCCCGAACAAGAAGAUGAUGUCCCCUCACAGCGGAGUUUCUCAGAUUCAGACUUUAGUGCUGGUGACUUUGCUGCACCACCAGCACCUUCCGAUGUUCCACCCAACUUCAGGGCACCAGAUCCCAAAGAAGUCCAAUCAGAGACACCUCCACUGUCAGCCAUAGAGGAGAAACUACAACAGGCCCGUAUGGCAGAACCAGAAAGGAAACCCUCCCCUUCAUUUAUAGUACUGGCACAUCACGAAGCCAUGCAAAUGCGGAGAACACAGAUCAGAGGAAGCGACAGUGACAGCGAUGAAGACGAGAGAGAUGAUUUUAGUGUAGUAGAUGAUGAAGCUGAUGACAUUGAAUGGGGACCUGCAACAGAGCUGUAAUACACAUGGAUCGUACUAACAUGGACCUCUCACGUCUUAGUGUGGGCAUGUACAUUUACACAAUCAAACUGGAAAUUUUUUUUUUUAUUUCCAGUGUUUUUUUUUAUGCAGUGUCCUUAUGGACUUGUGAUGGAUGACUCUAAUCAUGGAUCGAUUUUGAAGAUUUGUGACCAGAAUUGCUUCCUUUUGUGGGUUUUGUAGUUUUAAUGGAUGUGCUGAGAUCUUCCUCAGGAUUAUAUGAAAAAUAAAUAUUGCCAGUUGUAAUAAAGACAAUUUGGGUAUGCUUUACCCUCUUCAGUAACUUGAUAUACAUAUAUAUAGAUAUUAUUAUAAUUAUUAUUGUUUUUGUAUUUUGAAAUAAAUGGAACAAAACA